CAGGACAGUUACGAAACAUCAGAUCACAACACCCACUCCACAAACUGUCCAAGCCGUUACCUUCAUGCCAUUCUUUUAUUCUUCCGUUGAUCUCCAAUCAUAAUCCACCACUUCGUCAAGGCUUCACUUGAGUACUCUCCUUGCUCAAACCAUGGUAAUAAAAACCACCCGGCGUCUUCUAACCAUCACAACCGGCCUCGUCCUCAUCUACCUCCUCUUCCCCACCCUCUACUACUACGGUGAUUACAUCCGCCAAACGAAUCCCUUCUCCGGCCAGCGCUCCACCGAACAACCCUUCACACCCACCGACUCCGAGCUCGCCUGUCUCCGCGGUCAUGGCGGCGGCGGCCAUGCCUUCUUCCCCGGGUCCAGGUCCGGGGGCAACGACAACGACAACGAAAACGAAAACAACAACGGCCAUCCAUCCCACUCUUUCUCAGAAGGGACAGUCAACCCAGGAGGAAUCCCAAACAUAGUCCACUUCAUCUACGGCCUCUCCAACCCGCACUCCCACCCCUCAGCCGGGCACUUCGAUUUUUUGUCUUACCUCGCCCUGCGCGCCGCUCUUGUUUCUCUGCAGCCGACCGUCGUCCAACUCCACUACACUUACCUCUCUUCUCCUCCGUCUCCUGAUCCGGGCGCUGAUCCGCUAUCUAACCCCUGGAUCCGGAGACUGGCGCAGAAGUGGCCGGAGAAGUUUAGGCUGGUUCACCACCAGCCACCAGCAGAGGAAGGGCAGUAUGCUCAUAUGUCUGAUACGCUGCGUCUACAAAUUCUGUUGGAACAGGGGGGGAUAUACCUGGAUAUAGACGUUUUUGCUGUUCGGUCUUUUGCCUCUUUGUUAUCUGCACCAGCAGAUGGGAAAGACACAAUCCUAGGCUACGAAGGCGGCAACCGCUGGGGUCUAUGCAACGCGGUGAUUGUCGCCCGCCCCAACGCGACGUUUAUCAAGAGGUGGUUGGAUACGUAUGAGGAUGUGGACUUGGAGAAGGAGGCGUGGAAUUAUCGGAGUGUUUUGUUGCCGAAGGAACUUGCCGAGGAAGGAAACGACGAAAGCGGUGGCGGCAGGGGAGGUAAAGGAGAGGAGGCAAGGGGGAAAGAUGGGAAAGAUGGAAAAGAGGCGAAGAAGGGAGAUGUCUGCGCCCUACCUCCCGACGCCUUCUUCUGGCCCACUUGGACAUGGAGACACGUCGAGUGGAUGCAUACCCCCUUGAAGACGAAAGAGGAAAAGGAGUAUUGGGAGAGACAGAUUGCGAGGAAUGGAGGGGGGCUGUUUGAGAAUCAGAUGGCGUAUCAUGCUUGGGGGCAGAUGGCGUGGGAUAGGCAUUUGAAGUGGUUGACGCCUGAGGUGAUUAGGAAGAAAGAUACGAGGUUUAAUUUGUUGGUGAGGAGGUUUUUGGAGGAUGAUUUGUGAAUAGGGGACUGGGGUGGGGAAGGGAAGAUGGAGUCAUAAUGGGCAAGCCCUGGGUAAUCGUAAGGUUCCGGUUUGGGGGUUAUGGUGCGGUUAACACUUCAUUCGGCGUUUGGUGUUUGUCGAGGUUAGGAAGAACUAGACUAAGGUUCGGUAAAGGGGUUCGGUGAAGGGACCAAAGGCGCUUGGUGCCAUAGAACGGUGUCGGUAUUAAAACAUUUCACGUGGU